AUGAGUGACGCCUAUGUGCGGGAACAACAAAACAAUGCCCUACUGGACUCCCUUGCGCAAAAGACCAACGCUCUGAAAUCGGUCUCUAUAGAUAUUUACGAUCAUGCCAGGGAUCACAGCACUAUCGAUAAUACAAGCGAAGUAUUCUCGUCACUAUCGACGAAUAUCAGAGGCAGUGCCGGUCGCCUAACACGAAUGGCGAGACAGGGAGAUAGAGUUGCAGUGUUUAAAAUUGCGGCGAUCGUUAUUGUAGUUGGAUUCCUGCUGUGGAUUAUUCUGGGCUGGAUAUUCUGA